GUGGGGUGCCCGGUUGUUGCGCCGCGCCGCGGUGGGUGUUUCUCUCUCUGGGCCCCCGGCCGGGUCUCGGGGGCGAGGAUGUGAAGAUGGCGGAGCUGCAGAUGCUGCUGGAGGAGGAAAUCCCGGGCGGGCGCCGGGCCCUGUUCGACAGCUACACCAACCUGGAGCGGGUGGCCGAGUACUGCGAGACCAACUACAUCCAGUCAGCAGAUAAACAGCGAGCCUUAGAAGAAACCAAAGCCUACACAACCCAGUCCUUAGCAAGUGUAGCUUAUCUGAUCAACACUUUGGCCAACAAUGUUCUCCAAAUGCUGGAUAUCCAGGCAUCCCAGCUUCGGCGCAUGGAAUCUUCAAUCAACCAUAUUUCUCAAACGGUGGACAUUCAUAAAGAGAAAGUUGCUAGAAGAGAAAUUGGCAUUUUGACUACGAACAAAAACACCUCAAGAACCCACAAAAUCAUUGCACCAGCCAACCUGGAACGACCAGUUCGCUACAUUAGAAAACCUAUUGAUUACACAAUUCUAGAUGAUAUUGGACAUGGAGUGAAGUGGUUGCUUAGAUUUAAGGUUAGUACACAGAAUAUGAAGAUGGGUGGUCUGCCUCGUACUACUCCACCUACCCAGAAACCACCCAGCCCACCAAUGUCAGGAAAAGGAACUAUUGGGCGUCACUCUCCCUAUCGCACACUGGAGCCUGUGCGUCCUCCAGUGGUACCAAAUGACUAUGUACCUAGCCCAACACGUAAUAUGGCUCCCUCGCAACAGAGCCCUGUUAGAACAGCUUCUGUGAAUCAGAGGAAUCGCACAUACAGCAGCAGUGGGAGUAGUGGAGGGAGCCACCCAAGUAGUCGGAGCAGCAGUCGAGAGAACAGUGGAAGUGGAAGUGUGGGUGUACCUAUUGCUGUCCCCACUCCAUCUCCUCCUAGCGUCUAUCCAGCCCCUGCUGGCUCAGCUGGCACUUCUCCCCUUCCUGCUACCUCUGCACCUGCUCCUUCCCCCCUUGCUCCUGCUACUGCCCCCUCCGCUGCCCCAGAUGCUGCAGCUGCAGGAGCCCAGCCUCUUGCUGAUGGCAUCACCUCUCCAACUCCCCCUGCUGUUUCUUCCACUCCCUCAGCAGGUCACCCUGUUCAGUUCUACAGCAUGAACAGACCUGCCUCCCGGCAUACACCCCCAACAAUAGGGGGCUCUUUGCCAUACAGGCGCCCUCCUUCCAUCACUUCGCAAACGAGCCUUCAGAACCAGAUGAAUGGAGGGCCUUUUUAUAGCCAGAACCCAGUAUCCCUUGCUCCUCCUCCUCCUUCCAUCCUACAGGUAACUCCACAGUUACCACUGAUGGGAUUUGUGGCCAGAGUUCAAGAAAAUAUUUCAGAUACUCCCCCUCCUCCUCCACCUGUCGAUGAGCCAGUCUUUGAUGAGUCCCCACCUCCACCUCCACCCCCAGAAGAUUAUGAAGAAGAGGAGGCAGCUGUGGUUGAGUACAGUGAUCCUUAUGCUGAAGAGGACCCUCCAUGGGCACCAAGGACCUAUUUAGAAAAGGUGGUGGCGAUUUAUGACUACACAAAAGACAAGGAGGACGAGCUCUCGUUUCAGGAAGGUGCCAUCAUUUACGUCAUUAAGAAGAACGAUGAUGGGUGGUAUGAGGGUGUCAUGAAUGGAGUGACAGGGCUCUUCCCAGGGAACUAUGUGGAGUCCAUCAUGCACUAUUCUGAGUGAAGACCACAGGGUGCAGAGCUGCACCUUGCUCCACAGGAACUGUCCAGACUCCUCAGCUCUCCACCAGGACUCACCCAAGUGAACUGAAUGAAGGAUAAUUGUAACAGAACCACUCUUGUUUUAUGCUUUUUUCAUUAUACAACAAUAGCGAUUUGAGUUGUUUGAACAAAUGGCUCUUCCAGCUGCCAGCAGUGGCUGUACCCGACGUUGACUAAGCCGACCCGUUCAGAUGUAGAUAGUGGAGAUGUAACGAACUUGCUGAGUAGCUGAUACUUGACUAAAAUUCAGACUGAUUCAAGCGUGAUCUGGGAUCCUUCUCAGGAAUAUUGUAUGUGAUAUAUUACCUCUGGCAUUAGUGCCUGGCCUCGGGACAUCCUGGAUGCCAGUGCAAAGGGGUUAAUAUAACUGGCCAGUGGAAAUCUCUCUCCCUUUUUCUACACUCACAUGCAGCUGGAAAGACACUUGUGUGCUAGCUAACAUUGGAUUCAUACACAAAGCAGUUCCUGUAUCUGAGUUCCAGAUGGUUCGUUACAUCUUUAACAUCAACACUUCUGCAACUGCUCUGUGCGUGUAGACUGAUGUGGGGGCUCACAGAGCUGGCUCGGGUUCACUUAGCUUUCAGUUUAGAUAAUUGAGAUGGAUGCAGCACACCAUUGUGUAAUCUUAGUCCUUUGCCUGCCCCAGGUUAGCUUUGUAUUAUGCACUGGUGUAGAAAGUUAUCCCCUUUGGCAUGAGCUCCCAGCCUGCUGGUGCAGAGGGGUUAAGCUGAACACAAAUGCAGUGUGUGGUGGUGAUAGGUUCCUAGGGAGUCUGAGGCUGACUCUAGGAGUGAAGGUUUAAAUCUAUUGGUGCAUGCUUGCACGAGACAGAUUAUUCAUCCCAAAUGUCAGUAUUACGCACAGUGUAAUUUUAAAAGCCAAUCAGGUCUUGUAAAUUGGCUCUUUUGUACUUUGGUUCCGGAUCUGAGUAUAUGCUGUGACGGCCCUGGCCAGAGGCAGGACAAAGGGCAGUUGUCUUCUUCAGGUGUAUUUCCAAAAUCUCCUCUCAGUGGAAGUAAAAAGGGCUGCCAUGUGUGUUGGUUUUCCAUGGAAAGCUACACACAAACUGGUUGUUAUUUUAGCUCUUUUCUCUGCCCCUUCCAAUGCUUAUAAAAUAGUAAAUACCUUUCAUAGCUAUACCAAGCCAGGUGUGACUCGCACACUAUAAAGGUUUCACGUACAUUUGUAGGUUGCUUUUUAAUACAGUCUCAGAUGAAAAUGCCACCACUGGAGUUGGCUUCACGGAGGAGCGUAAAGAACUCAGAACAGUCAUCUGUGCCAGUUUUGGAAGAACUUCAAACAAAAGAGGAGUGUUAACGUAGUUUAUUAACACAGCAAACUGAUUGACCUGCUGUUGUAGUCCACCUUCUGGGGGAGGGCAGCCUAUGUACAUUUAGUCUGAUCUCCCAUAGUAGGGAGCCAUGUUUCUUCCUGAACUAUCUUUAUGUGAGCCAAGGUGAAAUUCCAGCCAGUACCAACAGUAGCUUAUUCAAGUCUAGAUAAUGCUGCAGCACUCUGCUAAGCCAUGUGUGUACAAUGGAAAUUUGCA